GCCUUAUCUGCUUCAAUGGUCUUAAAUCUCUCUUCCUCCUCCAUAUCAUCAAAACACUUUCACGUUUUCGACUAAAGCUUUCGAGGACUACAUCCAUCAAUGGCGUCCUCUCCCAUUUCCCCUGCUACUCAGCUUGGUUCGAGCAGAAGUGCUACUAUGUUGGCGAUGAUGUCGCGUGGGAUGUUCGUGAAGCCAGCGAGGACGAGUCACCAGAUGGUGAGGAAGGAGAAGAUUGGUCUGAGAAUCGCUUGUCAGGCGACGAGUAUUCCAGCGGAAAAUGUUCCAGAUAUGGAGAAGAGGAAGCUUUUGAAUCUUCUUCUUGUCGGAGCUCUUUCUUUACCUACUGGCUUUAUGCUUGUGCCUUACGCUACCUUCUUUGCUCCUCCUGGAUCAGGAGGUGAAGGUGGUGGUACACCAGCCAAGGAUGCACUUGGAAACGAUGUAAUUGCAGCGGAGUGGCUCAAGACUCAUGGUGCUGGUGAUCGAACCUUGACCCAAGGAUUGAAGGGAGAUCCAACGUACCUAGUUGUGGAGAACGACAAGACACUAGCGACAUACGGUAUAAACGCAGUGUGCACUCAUCUUGGAUGUGUUGUGCCAUGGAACAAAGCUGAGAACAAGUUCCUAUGUCCUUGCCAUGGAUCCCAAUACAAUGCACAAGGCAGAGUUGUUAGAGGUCCAGCUCCAUUGUCGCUUGCCUUGGCUCAUGCCGAUAUUGAUGAUGGUGGAAAGGUUGUGUUUGUUCCAUGGGUUGAAACUGACUUCAGGACUGGUGAUGCCCCUUGGUGGUCUUAAAUCUCUCUUACAACAACUCUUAUUGUGGGAAGAAGAAUGGGGAUGACUGUCUUUUUGUGUUUGAAUGUUAUUAUAAUGUAAAAGAUGUGUGUAAUGAUACAUUUCAUGGCAAUUACUCUGUGAAUUCUUGCCUCUUUAUAUGAAUUUUAUGUUCAUUCACUUCCUAUGUCUUUCGUUUAAUUUCACAAUUUUAUGA